AUGAAAAGCAACUCUUGGAGGGAACUUGAUAUUGAUAUUGAUGAGCCUUUCAAUUCCCCGGAUGAGAUUUACGUGAAUGGAAUGUGUCAUUGGUUGCAUGCAUAUCAAUAUAGUGAAGAUUGGUUGUUGGAGUCAUUUAAUAUCAGCAGUGAGGUUUUCAUUAAAACGCCCUUACCCUUAGAUAUCUUACCCUUAGAUCUGGAUGAAUACUAUGAGAAAUUCUUGCUGGAGUUAAAUGGGUCCAUUGCGGUGAUAUUAAAGCACGCAGACCAAACUUUUCACAUAUCAAUUUUAGGUGAACUCGGUGUGAAGGAAUCGUGGACUAAACUUUUUAUUGUUGGACCCUUCCCUGACAUUGGAUUACCUAUUGGAGUGAGUCAAAAGGGUGAUAUAUUCUUCAGAAAAGAAGCAGGAAAAGUCUUCUUCCGAUUGAAAGAACGGAAUAUUGAUUGUUUUAAUAGCUUGAGCUUAACAGGAUACUCCACCAUCAUCAUUCAUCACUGCCCUGAAGCAAAGGUGGCUCCCUCUGUACCCACCAACAUCCCACCUCACCUGGCUCUCAGGCUCCUCAAGACAGCCUUAAAUGUAGGUGAUUUCAAGCGUGCCCACCAACUGUUUGACAAUAUUCCUCAACCAGACCCAACCACUUGUUCAACUUUGAUUUCAUCUCUCACCACUCAUGGACUUCCCAAUGAGGCCCUCAGGCUCUAUGCUUCGCUGCGGGCACGCGGGAUCAAACCGAACAAACCGGUCAUCUUGGCUGCCACCAAGGCCUGUGCUGCCUCUGGUGAUGCCUUGAGAACCAAGGAAGUUCAUGAUGAUGCCGUUCGAUGUGGGAUGACGUCUGAUGUCUUCUUGAGCAAUGCACUGAUUCAUGCCUAUGGUAAAUGUAAAUGCAUCGAGGGCGCGAGGCGUGUGUUUGAUGAUUUGGUUGGCAGAGAUGUGGUUUCUUGGACCUCGUUGUCGUCAUGCUAUGUUAACUGUGGAUUGCCCCGGCAAGGCCUGGCUAUUUUUCAUGAAAUGGGAUGGAAUGGGGUGAAACCGAAUGCAGUAACAGUAUCUAGCAUCUUGCCUGCGUGCUCAGAAUUGAAAGAUUUGAACUCAGGUAAGGCGAUUCAUGGAUUUGCAGUGAGACAUGGGAUGGUAGAAAAUGUUUUUGUUUGCAGCGCACUCGUGAGCAUGUAUGCAAGAUGUUUAAGUGUAAAAGAAGCUCGAGCGGUGUUUGAUUUGAUGCCUCAUCGAGAUGCUGUGUCUUGGAAUGGAGUUUUAACAGCAUAUUUCACAAACAAAGAAUAUGAGAAGGGUCUUGCUUUGUUUUCCCGGAUGAGCAGAGAAGGAGUCAAAGCAGAUAAAGCUACAUGGAAUGCUGUUAUUGGCGGAUGCAUGGAAAAUGGGCAAACAGAGGAGUCUUUGGAGAUGCUUAGGAAGAUGCAAAAGAUGGGGUUUAAACCUAAUGAGAUAACAAUUAGUAGUAUUUUACCAGCUUGCUCAAUUUUAGAAAGCUUGAGAAUGGGCAAGGAGGUACACUGCUAUGGCUUAAGACAUCGGAUUGGGGACUUAUCAAGCACAACGGCUCUAGUAUAUAUGUAUGCUAAAUGCAGUGACUUGAAUCUUUCAAGGAAUGUCUUUGAUAUGAUGCCCAAAAAGGAUGUUGUUGCUUGGAACACAAUGAUCAUUGCAAAUGCAAUGCAUGGGAAUGGAAAAGAAGCGCUUUUGCUCUUUGAAAACAUGUUAAGGUCAGGGGUCAAGCCCAAUUCUGUUACUUUUACUGGUGUUCUGUCUGGUUGUAGUCACUCAAGGUUAGUAGAUGAAGGACUUCAAAUCUUUAAUUCAAUGGGUAGGGACCAUCUGGUAGAACCUGAUGCUAAUCAUUAUUCAUGUAUGGUUGAUGUCUUUAGCCGUGCUGGUCGCCUUGAUGAAGCAUAUAAAUUUAUACAAAGAAUGCCUCUGGAACCAACUGCUAGUGCCUGGGGGGCACUGCUUGGUGCCUGUAGAGUUUUUAAGAAUGUGGAGCUGGCAAAAAUUGCAGCCAAAAAACUAUUUGACAUUGAGCCUAACAACCCUGGGAACUAUGUUUCGUUAUUCAACAUCCUUGUCAGUGCCAAAUUGUGGAGUGAAGCUUCACAAAUCAGAAUAUUAAUGAAAGAUAGGGGAAUUACAAAAACUCCAGGCUGUAGUUGGCUUCAAGUGGGAAAUAGAGUUCAUACUUUUGUUGUUGGAGACAGAAGUAACACGGGAAGUGAUAAAAUCUACGAGUUCUUGGAUGAGUUGGGCCAGAAAAUGAAAUUGGCUGGAUAUAAGCCUGACACUGAUUAUGUUCUGCAAGAUGUGGAUCAAGAGGAAAAAGCUGAGAGUCUUUGCAACCACAGUGAGAAGCUGGCUGUUGCCUUUGGGAUACUUAAUUUGAAUGGACAAUCAUCUAUACGGGUUUUUAAGAAUUUGAGAAUAUGUGGUGACUGUCACAAUGCAAUUAAGUAUAUGUCCAAUGUUGUUGGUGUGACAAUUAUUGUAAGAGACUCCUUGAGGUUUCAUCACUUCAAAAAUGGAAAUUGUUCUUGUCAAGACUUAUGGUGAUUAUAUAAUCAGGUUAUUAAGAUUAAGUGGUGAUAGAUCCUAUUCCUAUCUGAAUCUGUCUUACCCAAAUUUCAGUAGAUUGAGUUUUAUGCUGUAUAAACAAUUGGAAAGUACAAUUCCUUUGAUUUUGGGGAGUUGGAGUCAUUAACAA